GGCAGAGAUGGGAAAGAUGGAGGUAAGUCUUGCCCUGGAUACCCAAUUUCGAUGAAGAAUAGACGCUAACAUUGCUCUUUUCGUUUUGCAGGUUUGGGUGCAAGAGGUGUAGGUGCUCGAAUUUUUUUUUUUUAAGACUAUGCGUCCACGAGGCCACGGCGUUCUUUGAUGUUGAUUUUUUCUCUUCCGAUGAUACUCAGCGAACAUGAGAAAGCGCAUGUUCGGCGGUCUAUGUCCAUUUCUAGGGUAUGGAGCGGUUUGCGGCCGAAUCGGAUGUCGCGGUGAACUACCAACAACGGGCAAAAACAAUAAAAGAAAAGAAAGAAAAGACGAGAAAAAAAAAAAAUUUCCAAGCCAACAUACACAACACGCAACAAAGAAAUAUCCGAUUCUACCUCUUCGCUCUUCUCUCUCUCUCAUCUUGUCGAUUGUAUCUUCUUUUCAGCUUCGCGUCUUCCGAUUACGGUCUCCUUGGGUGAUCGUAUUGAUUUUGGGCCGUCGUUCGGACAGAGAGCGUUCGAUAUCCGGGUCCUGCUUUUUUAUAUAGGUGUAGUAGGUUGCAGGAGUUAUUUCUUAUAUAUUUGUGGUAUAUGAAGGAAGAUUUGGGAUUUGUGGUUGGGAUUGGAUAUAGGGGUUUUAGCGUAAAGUACCUGUUCUGUUCAUUUCUUCAAUUUUACUCGUCAUAUUCUUGUUUUUAUGUCUUUUCUUCUUUUGAUUCGGUUUCUUGUCUUUUGUGGUUUCUUCUCUCGUCUGUCUCAGUGCUUUCUGUUGAGGCACGAGUUGUUUUAGGGUUGCUGAUGGCUGCGGAGAUGGGUGUGCGCCGUGGUAAGGCGUGGGAAUUGCUAAUGUUUAGGGGUGCUGCCGUUUGCGUUUAAGCACGGCAGCGCGCGAGUUUAUUUGCCGCGGGAUUGAAUGUAUACUUAUUGUGG